GAAUCCGGACUAAAUCUUCGCAAGCUGGAGCCGUGAAUCGCGCUCUGCGAUGUGGUGCGAGCUCUGGACUUGCCGCCGAGCAAUACCACAAACUGGAGCUGGAAGUGCGACUGCAACUGGAAGCGGAAGCCGAACGGGAUCGGGAACGGGAAAGGGAACGGAAACGGAAAGUUGGCGGGAACAGUGGGGCGAGCAGAUGUAGUCGGCAGUUAGAGCACAGCCACCGUUGCAACCGCCAGCGCCAGAUGAUCGAAUGGUGGUGAUCCUCCUACUGUCGCCAUGCACUUGCAGCCGCAGCAGCAGCAGCAGCCACGCCCACGACCACGCCCAUGAUCCCGGCCACGCACCAUCCAAGCACCACCACCAGUACCACCAAUACCACCAACACAACCAACACAGCCAGCACCAUCAACCACCAGAACAACCACCAUCGGUGGCUAGAAGUGGAGAUUCCCGCAGCAGCAAUGAGUCUUCAUCGGCAUCCACGGGCGACACAGCCAUUCCGGCUGGAUAUCUGCAGUUGCACCACCAGAAACAGAAUCAAAAUCAAAAACCGAAGGAUCCACAGAAUCGGCAACAUUCGGAGAAUUAUCCCCACCAACCUAGUCAUAGUUGUAGCACCGCCACAACCACAGCACCACUGUCCUUUUUUGGCCACGGAUGUUGGAUGCCCCUGCAACCAGCGAACGCCGUGCCGAAGCCACCGCGAUCCCAUGGCCUCCAGUGGUCAUCGAGCGCCUAUCCUGCCUCACAUGCCACCAGCCACCAACCGUUCAUCUUCCGCGUACAAUCGUCACUGCCCAACGGGAGCUUUACUAACGCCACCACCACCACAACCACAACCACUGACUACGUGCGUCACGUGACCCGCGUUAACUUCUACGACAUUGAUACUUCGCAGGUCGAAUUCGAACCCAAAGACGACGAGGAAAGCAACGAGGUCACGGCAAGCAAUUGCGAUACAGAAGCUAUUACCAAAGAAGAGGAGUGGAUAACGAAGCGCAAGACAGAACUCACAACUACCAGACAGAUCGAGACGAGGGUGAAGCGACAGGUGAAGCUGCAGGAUGGCAAAGUGAUCGAGGAUUCGGGGCCGAUUGUCUCCACCAACACCACCGAGGACACCGACAAACAGGAAACGGAAACCACUGAGAAACGCGACCUUGACCUGCCGGAUGACCUUGACGGCAAUGCCCAGCUGAUCGACGUGGCCGCCUUGCAGGCGGGCGCCAUAAAUGAGACGCAGUUGGCCCAAAUCCAAGAGGUCUUCGGGCCGGCCGAUGGAGCCGGAAAGCUGGUCAAGCGCAUGGUUCCGCGUCCGGUGGACGGGCUGGUGCGUCAGACGGACGACAAGAGGGUCAUAUCGCACGAGGAGAUCAAGGACUACCACGAAACGGAGGACGUACAGCAUCACGGCGACUUUACAGAUCAGACCUACGUGAACGCAGUUCGCGACGGAGUUGAGAACCUAGAGGCCGUGCUCUGUUCGCCGGAGAGCCAGCGGCAGUUGGUGCCGCUCGGACCCAAGGUGGUUGCCAACCGAAGCAAGUCGCGAAAGACCAUCGACUCGGAGGACACACAGAAGCGCUGCCUGGCCCAGGAGGACGGCACCCUGGUCACGGAGAGUCGACGGACCACCGAGCACGAGCUGAUCGUCGACGACGAGCUGCCCGACCCGCCAGCCAACGGCGCCUCCGAUGAUCUUGGCCUGCAGCUACAGGUGGGCGAGCAGGUGACCACCACGGCGGCCAACCAGCGGUUCUUCCGCCAACGGGACGAGCAGCAUGUGGACGUGCUAGCCAACGGCCGGCUCCAAUCCACCGAGAUGCGCUACGCCGCCGAGACCACCCAGAUGGACAAGGACGGUCCCGCCGAUCUGGAGCGAACAGGUGACUGGGACAGCCUAUCCGACCGGAUGCGCAAGAUUCGCCGAUCCCAGCAGCAGCAACAGAAGGAGGUGGCCCUGCUGGCGGAUCGCAAGGAUGCGCUCACCAAGCGACCCCUGGACUUCGAUCGCGAGGAGGAGACGCGCAAGGGCGAGACCAUGAAGUGGCUGGAGUCGCACUUUGGCAGCGAGUCCACCGCCUCCAACGAUUCCCGCGACGACGAGGCCGAUGCCGAGGUGGAGCCCACCAAGAAGAGCUACUUCAACGUGACGAUCAAGUCGCAGAGCCAUGCCCAAUCCCACCUGGCCAUGACCGCAUCCGCCGCGCAGGAGCGCAAGGCACCGGCCAAUUCGGCUGGCGGUCGCUCCAAGUACUUCCAGGGCAUCUCGAACUGGUCGGAACGCAAGGAUCCCGGUCCGCCGGUCAAUCACUUCUCGUCGCAGGCCUUUCGCGACGAUCUGCAGGAGACCAUCCGUCGCAAUGGCCUCAAGAAGAAGGUCAGCGGUCCCGGCUCCAGUCAGGGAUCUGCCCUGGCUCAAGAGACGGUGGGCCAGCCCAAGGAUAGUUAUGUCAGCCGCGAGGAUAUACUGCAGCAAAAGCGCCAGAGCCUGUCCUCCCAGUUCCUGGCCCGCUCCAUGCGUGGCUCGCGCGACGCUCUGGACGACCUGGAGGCCAUACCGGGACCUGGACCGGGACCAGGUCCAACCAUGAUAUCACCGCGUGCCGAGGAGCCCUCGCACAAACGGGUGGCCUACGGUCAUCGCGGCAACAAUGGUACCCACAUUAAUGGCCAUGCGUUGAAUGGAGUGGCUCCCGCUCUGGUCAAUGGCCGAGGAAAGAGCUAUGAGCCACCUGCUCCUCCGCCGGCUGCAGUUCCUCCACUAGAAUUUGGCGGCGGUGGCAGCCAGCUGGGCCAGAAUCCGCGACCCACUGUCCCGCAGCGACGACGUGCCAUUGAAAAGAAGCUGGGCGAGCACAGCCACACCCACAGCCACAGCCACUCAUCCCACACAUCGCAUAGCGCCCAUUUGCCAGUCAAGUCGCAGGCUCCAAUGCCGUCGCAGAUUAACCAAUUGGAGCCUCCUCCGGACUACUCGCCGCCACCCAGGAGUCGCAGUCGUUCGUCCUCGCCGCAGGUGGAUUACCUGAUGACCAGGGAGUUGCCUGCCAGCACGAUGACGCUCAGCCGAAAGCAACAGCAGCGCACACGAUUCGCCCCCACAUCCAGUUAUCCGCCGGCAACUGGAGGAACUAGUAACCUCCGGCCCCCUGGAGCCACCUCGGCGUCCACUUCGAAUCUAUCGGCCAUGAGCGGCGGCGUCAGUACGUCCAAGUCGAGCCGCAUGGGUCAGGUGAUUGGCAAUUCGCUGCGCAAGCUGGUCAGCAAAAUCCGUUCGGCCAGUGCGGAGCGCAAGUUCCGCAUGAAAUCGUCUGCCAGCAAGUCGCGCGAGCAGUCGCCCAGUCCAGGACAAGAUCCGCGGGGAGUUGGUCCUCCGGUGACCACCUACCAGCAGUACAAUGUGAUCGAUGGGCACAUCGGCAGCCACGAUUCCGAGGAUUCCAAUAGCGACAAUCAGCGACGCAGGGAGCGGGAACGGGAGCGCGAAAGAGAGCGGGAGCGGGAGCGGGAGCGGGAGCGGGAGCGGGAACGGGAGCGGGAACGGGAACGGGAACGAGAUCGUGAGCGUGAUCCUCUCAAGCAAGAGACCCAGUCGCGACAAAAUUUCAAGCGUGCCGAAUCCGCGGACCCCCAACUGCAGCACCUGGAACAUGCCAUAAGUCCCAGGCAGCGGUACUACCUGGGCGAAGAUCCCUACUCCAGCACGCUCUAUGGCAAGGAGAAUCUCUACGAACGACGACCACGUCAGCGUAACAUGGAGCGGCAGGAUGAGCGAAUGGAACGAUUGGAGCGCUUAGAGCGAGAGGAUGACUACUACGAGUCCAGGGCUCCGCCACCAGUGACGGCUGCGCACACUUUGGGUCGCUACCAGAAGCAUGGCCAGCGCUUCACUGGCUCCACGCCCAAUCUGCACCAGCAGCAGCAAGAUUACCGCUCGGCUCAGACGUUGCCACGCAAGCUGCACGAGCAGCGCACCCAGAGAUUUGGGACUGCCAUGGAGAAGCAACCGGCUCCGGGCAGGGGGAGCUACGUCUCUGCCUCCGGACAACAGCAGCAGUCAAGGGGGAUUCCCCAUAAUCAGAGUCAGCAAAAUCAGCAGAAUCCUAACCCAAGCCCAAGCACCAACGGCAAUCCAAAUCCAAUGCAGGCACAGCAAGGACCGGCCAAGCCGGCUCGCACCUACGCCAAGGUCCUGAACCGCAGCAAGAGCUUCAAUGUGCACGGCAUGAACGGCAGCAACGAUCCUAGUCCCAUCUACAUCGAGAAGCUCACCCGGAACAACUAUCAGCAGCGUCAGGAGCCAAGCUUUGGCUACGGCCUGGGCCAGGGACCCAAUGCCAACUACAAGUCCAAUCCGCAUCUCUUCUCUGGCAAGGACAACUCGUUGAAAAGCGGCCUCAAAAGUCCAUCGAUUGUGAAUCUCAUCAGUCGUAGUCAGAAGGACCUGACCAAGAUCGCUGGUAACGACGAGGAUGACGUGGGCUAUCCGGAGCAGGACAAGAAGCAGUUGUAUCUGCGUGGCCUGCACCAGCAGGCGCCAGACCUCUACCGGGUGAUCCAUGGCGACGAAGAUUACGGAUCGCGAAAGUAUCCGCUGCAGGCCAAGUAUUCGCUGGACUCGCGUUCCCCGCCAUCCGUGGAGCUCAACAAGGAUACGGCGAGCAUUGUGCGUCGCAGCAGCGAGGUGGACCAUCCGCUGAGCCAUCAUCACAGCCAACAGCACCACCACAUCCAGAACCACCAGCAGCAGAACCUAAGACGUGGUUCGGGCGCCACCAUCAUUGAGCUGCGCCACCGCAAGUGACCCGUCAUCCCUAUCAAACGUAGUCCCACAUUUUGCGAACACCCGAUCUUCCCAUCUCGAACUAUAUAUUCAGAAAUCGAACAUGCAUAACUGAAAUAUCGAACUAUUCCACAGCUCAAACUGAACAAAACGUCGAGACUAAAGGCAGGAAUUUAUUUCUCCAAAUCAAAUUAUAUAAAUACUAUAUAUGCCGUUUUGGAACUGAUUUUCGGAUCGACCACAUACAUAUCCAUAAAUCCCCGCCAGGUCACCCUAAUCCCUAACUAUUUGCUAACAAAUGCUCGGCCGUGGGCUUUAGUUUCAUUUGACAAGCAGCAAAUAUAAAUAUAAGGCCAAUUAACCAAUUGAAUAAUAAAUGGGUUAUAAAAGCUGCAAAGUUGACGGUACAUGGAAGAUGAAAUGCAAAUUGAAUUAAAUGUUGAAUAAAUUAAGUGAACAAAAUCAAUACAUAUGUUAUGUGGAAGCCAUUCCCACUGUCAUGCCACGCCUCUUCCAAUCGUAAUUUGAUAAUACUAUAAUGCCUACGUCUAAUUACAUAAUCUAUUUGAUCAUUUUUGUUUUUUUUUUUUUACUACUAAUAUUAACGUUUGUUGUAUAGAUACCGUUAAAUGGAUAAACUAACUAAAAUAACUAAUAUUAAUUCGAUAUUAUUGUACAAUUUCGAUUAAUAAACAAAUUGCAAUUAAAAUUUAAAUAAAGUGCCAAAAUAAAGAAAAU